GUCUCUGCCUCCCCUGCCGCCCUCGCCUGCCCCGCCCUGUCUUCCUUGCGUCGAGGGACGGCAGCGCGCCGCUCCUCACUCCUCCUCGUUUUCCCCGACGACUGCUCCCCUGCAGACCCUCCACAUGGACGUGUGGGGCCCAGCCCACGUCAGUGGACAGGGCCGCGAGCGCUUCUUCCUGCUGGUAGUUGA